GUGGUCGGCCGCGCGGUCGUCCCGUCCUCGCGUUCGCCCCCGUCCUCGUCGCGACCGUCGUCGUCGCGCGCGAGAGAAGGCGUCGUCGCCGAACCACCCGCUCAGGUCGUCGGGAGGCGCCGAGUGCCAUGCCGUACGAGUCGUUCCCGCCGUUCGCGAUCAUCGUGGGAGCGAUCACCGCGAUGGGGGGCGUGCACUACGCCGUGCAGAUGCUCUACGAAGGGAAGCCGAAGCCGGUGGGGCAGGAUAACUUCGAUCGGCUCAUGAAGUACCGCGACGAGCGCGUGCGAGCGGAGGCGAAGCGCGAAGCCGGUGUUGUGAUGCGCGGAGGCGCGAAGAAACGCGGGCGCGGCGACGGGCCGUCGCCGGAACGGUCGCGCCGACGGCCGCGCGCGCGUAGGGAGGGUUCGCCCGCCGCGGACCCUCGCGCGUUGUAAUGUACGAAACGUGUUAGUCACACUCGAACGCGCGUGAUGUAUGAGCGCGUCGUGCCGGGUGUCGUCCUCGAUAGAGCGCCGUAGAGCGCGAGGGCGGGGAUCCCGCCUGAGAAACCAUCCAUCAGCAUCAUAUCAUC